UGCGGGGCGGAAGUUGUUCACAUUGCCUACGGAAGCAGUUCAGUGAGUGGCGGAAAUAUAUGCUUUCACGUUGUAUCAUGAAGUUAUUCUGAGAAGGCAAGCUGAGUAAAAUUGUGUUGGGAAGCCGUGUCAUUUUAACAAAGGGGGAUGUUGAGACGUCCCAAGCCCGGAGACUCUGAGGCGGACCUCCUGCGAGCCCAGGAGGAAUUCCUGAAAUCAGGUGCCCCGUCUGCGGUCCAUGUGGCCCGUCGACCUGACAAGCGCAGGGGGGAAGAGAAUGUGGGGCACAAAGAGCCAGGGACUGGCCACCGAGAUGUGGUCACCAUUCAAGACCAAGAUGUCUCAGAUGAGAUUCCCCCUUUGACUCCCGCGGCCCCUAAGAAGUCCCGCUUCAAGGCAGGGAGUGUACACUUUGAGGAUGAGGGCCCCGAGGAACGUCUGGACAGACAUGACACGCAUGUCACUGCUGUCCUCUCCAGAAUCAUUGAAAGGGACUCAAGCAGUGUCCCUGUGUCUCUGCCAGCCUUCACCACGGAUGCUUUCCCCAAAGUCUUCCAUCGGUCAGAGGUAGAGGAUGAGGCACAGGGACCCACACCUGGGGGCAGGAGGAGUAUUUUUGCACAGAAGCUCGCAGCUCAGAGAGCCAGACAGGGGGGUGUGUCCUCUCGUGGCAAGCCCCAAAGCAGUCAUCCUUCCCUGAGGCCUGGACUGCAGGGGUCAAAUAUCUCUCCUGUUGUAACCAUGGAGACAGAACAGUCUCUUCCUGGACAUGAAGGUCGUACUGUAUCCAAGAGCUCCAGGCUGGUGUCAGGACAGGGCUUGAGCCAGCAGGACAGCACCAAGGAAGCCUUGAAAAUCCACCAGGAGAACCAGACCAGGCUGGAGGGCAUGUCCCAGGGAGAGAUCCUGGAGGAGCAGCAGAGGCUGCUGACUCAGUUAGAUCCCCGCCUGGUGGAAUUUGUGAGGUCUCAUAAAGCCAAGGGUUCCACUGCCCCUUUAAACCUCCCCCUGCAUGGCCCCGGUACCCCGCAGGGGGAUCAAAGUGCAGCUGGUAGCACUGUGACAGAAGUUGACUUCAGGGAGCCAGAGCCACUUCAAAUGGAGAUGGAGGAAGAUGCGGUGGAGCCACAACCUCCAGUCACGGAGGAAGAGCUGCCUGUCAGGCCCCAGAAGGAGUGGCUACACAUGGACAAGCUGGAGCCUGAGAAACUGGAGUGGCUGAGGGACCUGCCACCCCCCAGGAGGAGGGGCACUAAGAGGGCCAUGCAGGCCCGUUUCGAUUUCAAUGGCAACCUGAUCCCCCCAACUGAAGACCUGCCGACCCACCUUGGCCUGCACCACCAUGGAGAAGAGCCUGAGCUGGCGGGAUAUUCCCUGCAGGAGCUCUUCCACCUCUCACGCAGUCAGGUGAUCCAGCAGCGCAGCCUGGCCCUCACAACCCUCGCUCGCAUCCUCACCAAGGCCCACCUCGGUGACUUCACUUCCUGUUUGAAGGGCAGCGUGGUGUCUGCCCUGCUGGAUGCCGGUCUCCUCUUCCUCCUGCGCUUCUCUCUGGAUGACAGUGUGGAGGGCGUGAUGGCCGCUGCUGUGCACGCGCUCCGUGCUUUGCUGGUCUCCCCUGGCGAUGAGGACACCCUGGACAGCACCUUUUCCUGGUUCCUGGGGAUGGAAGCGUUUCCUCUGCUCCCUGCUGUUCAGGAAGAGGAGGAGGAUGAUGAGGGGCUGGAUGAGGUGAUGAAGGAGACGCCGAAGGAGAAAGAGGAGAGGAAGACGGAUCAUGACGUGGCCCGUGACGACGUUAUCAAGGGGCUGCUGAGGAUGAAGCUGCUCCCCAGACUGCGCUACAUUCUGGAGGUGCUGCGCCCGUCCCCCCGCGUGGUGCUGGACGUCCUGGAGGUCCUGAUCCGGAUCGCCCGCCACUCAUCUUCCUCCGCCACGCAGGUGCUAGACUGUCCUCGCCUCAUGCAGACAGUGAUGUUGGAGUUCCUGCCAUGUUCCUGGACUCCACCUACCUCUCCCACCCCAGAGAGUCUGCAUGGGCUGCCUGUUGCCCUGGCGAUGAAGCUCCUGCGUGUGUUGGCCACCAGUGGGAGACAAGCUUGUGCUAGGCUGCUCCACAGCUUGGGCGCACGGGAGCGUCUGUCCUGCCUGCUGGCCCUGCAGCCCAAGGAUCUGCCGCUGGAGCCAGGGGAGGCCCUGAGGAUCAGCACAGAAGCACUGAGACUGUGGGCUGUGGCUGCUGGAUAUGGACAGGCCUGUGACCUGUACAGAGACCUGUACCCCCUGCUGGUGAAGGCCCUGCAGUGCGUCCCUCGAGUGUGGGCCCCUGCAGACCCCCUGAGGCCCCUGGAGCUGCAGCGAUUGCUGGCCCUGCUGACGCUCCUCACCAACGUCACUCACACGGCAGGCUGCCACCAGGAGCUGCAGUCUGCAUUCAACAGCUUCCAGGAUGCUGAGUGUCCUCCCCCUCCCCCAGUGCAGUGGAGUCAUGUGACAGGCCUGCAGCCCUCCAUACUGGGCUGGCUGAAGGGGUGUGUGAGGCUUCUGGAGGAGCCGGCACAGAGAGAGAGCACACUGAUCCUCUUACCCCCUCAGCUGCUCUACCUGGAGGCGUUCUACUCCCAGCUCAGCUCUCAGAGCUCUUUCCAGCCUGUGGAAUGUCUUCAGGAACUGGAAGCUCUUGCAGCGGAUGUCCUCCUGCCUCUGCUGUCUAACCAGGCCACGCGCAGUGGGAUGGACUGCCUCAAGUCCUUCUUAGUGCUGUGUAACCCGCAGUCCUGCAGUCUGGACCCGGAGUCUGUCCCCAGCCUCCCUGGAAGGGGCUGCAGAGGGGGGCGGUCCCUGGCUGGCCCCAGCUCGCCCCUCCCACUGCUCACGGCUCUCUGCCACUUACUUCACACUGUCACCAGCAUUCACAGGGGAAUUGCCCACAAGUUUUCUCCACUGCUUCUCUCAGAGCCCCUGCUGGCGUGUCUGAGAGCAUGCUGUCAGGCGAGGCCCACCCUUUCCCACGCCUCCACCUGGCUCCUGCGCCAUGAACACCACUUCCUCUUUCAGCUGUUGAAGCUGGCACAUAAACUGGUCCCUGUCGACACAGAAGUGGCCAAGCAUGCCUCCCUCUUCCAUGAGGUUUCCAUUGCAAUGGUAUCGUGGCUUUUGCCAGGCAGUGAACACCUGGCGCAUGACCUCUUGGCCACCAUGGUCUUCAACCAGGAUUUCAUCCCGGAGGGCCACACUGGGGGUCCAGAGGCAGCAGAGCUGUCUGAGCUGCAGCUCCAAGACUCCGGCUCUCCUGCCCCCCAUCCUGUGGGCCCGCUCCUGCGGGACGCCUGCGCCCAGCUGCCCUCUCUACGGGGGUGCUACCUGUCCCAUCUGGCCCAUCUGGAGCCCCUGGUCCUCCGCUCACGGAACGCACACCUGGGGCGCACCCCCUGCGUGCGCUCCCGUCUCCUCCCGGAGGUCUCCGGGCCCACGCUGCCCUCCGAUUGGCCUUUCCUGCCGCUCGUCAGCCUGUACGAGAGGACGGGCGGGGCGGGCGGGGGCGGCGAUGUGGAGUCCCUCCCCCCGGGCGCGGCGGAGUCGGUCGUGCACUGCCUGCAGUGGCUGCUGGUCCUGGAGUGCUGGCGGGAGGAGGGGCUGCGGGCGGUGCUACCUGCGGCCAAGCUGGCGCGGCUCUCCUGCCUCUUCCUGUGCUCCAGCGACCUGUUCCUGGAGCGGGCGGUGCAGCGCCUGGGCUGGGGCCUCCUGCGGGCCCUCACGCGCCCCGCCCAGCUGCAGGCGCUGGACCUGGGCGUGCCCCUGCCGGGCGUGGCCUCCUUCCACGACCUGUACGAGGCGCUGCUGGCGCAGUUCGAGGCCGUGUCCUUCGGAGACCCGCUCUUCGGCUGCGUGCUGCUCCUGCCCCUGCAGAGGCGCUUCAGCGCCACCAUGAGGCUGGCGGUGUUUGGCGAGCACGUGGGGCUGCUGCGCUACCUGGGGGUCUCCCUGCGGCAGCUGCCUGCGCCUCUGGAGCGAUACACCUCCCCCCCAGAGGGCUCCCUUCCCCUGCUGCGGCUGUACUUCCGUUCGCUGGUGACGGGGACGCUCCGCCUGGCCUGGUGCCCCGUGCUCUACACGGUGGCCCUGGCGCACCUCAACGCCUUCAUCUUCUCCCAGGACCCCGCCCUGCAGGAGGUAGAAGCAGCACGUCGGACUCAGUUACGGAAGAUCUACUAUCUGAAAGAUGAGGUGCUGAAGACCCACCUGCUCCUGUUCAAGCAGCCUCGGCAGGAGAGCGAACUCGGGUUCGAGAUGUACGAUCACCUGCCACCCAUCCGCGCCCGGAGGCUGGAGGCCGUGGUUGGAUUGGAGGAAGGAAGCGGUGGGGAGAAGGACUGAGGAAGGAGGAAGACGGAGGACAUCUUGGGCAGAUGAGGCCACUCGUGCCCUGAGGCAGAGAGAGACCUAUACUGUCUGACCUGAAUGAAAUAAAUGGGUUUUUGUAUGUUCAGACUGUA